AUGUCUCAAUCUAUAGCUUUAGGGUCCCAAGACCUAGAGUUCCUUACGGCGCAGCGACAGAUCGAGGAGACGCAGCUCGCAGAUGGCACUCAUGUCGAAAACCCAUUGGUGGUAAACGAGGAAAUUAACUUCAAAAAAGAAGAAUUCGCAAAACUCAAGUUUCAGUAUUUGGAGCAAGAAACAAGAGAAAAGUUCCUCCGAGCGAUCUUGUCUUCGCCUCCGUUGUACGUUGAGCAGAAAGACAUUGACGAGUACGAGACACAAAACAGGGAAAAAAAGGCAGAACUCAAGUCUCACAAGACUUCUUUGAAUACUACUAUACAAAAUAUCCAGGAAAAGAACUCGCAAAAUGUUUCCUUGUACCACGAUCUUCAGGUCAAACUCAACGAUACAGACGAAAUAUUAAAAGAAAUCUCAGAAAUGGAGUCUUCUUUGCGUUCUCUUUUCCCGAAGGAUCCUCAGUUGGUUGACGCCAUGCUCCAGCCAGACGUGGGUGAUGACAAUCUCUUCAAUAUAGGUAGCAGCGCUCAACAAAAGCUUGCGCGUGUCCAAAGCGAACAAGCGCGUGUCGAAGCUCUCCUAAGUGCCAGAAAACAAGCUCAACGUGAUCGUCAAGAUGAAAUAAGUAAAUUAUCCCAACAGCUCGAAAUGGUUCAUCAUGAUAUCGAUGCAGCAUCGAAAUCUACUACGACUAAACAAGACCCACAGCAGUCUCGCGCUCAGUGGAUAAAGCAGAUGACAGAGAUAUUACAGGAAACUGGUAUAAAGUUGGAAGUUACUCAGAGCCAAGAAGGUAGGUACAAAAUCAAAGCAUCUACUGACAAAAAGAACAUUGAGACAGAACUUGAUGCUACGGAAUUAGAUGGAAAGGCAGUAUCGCACCUUUAUCAAGAUAUCAUGGGCUAA